AUGAUAAAUGUGAACCUCAUGGUGGCGCCAGAGGAGAAGUCAAAUGGACAGUUCCUGUCUUUCUGUGCGUCAGACUGUGCAUCUCUGUAUCACAAUGGUGUUCGGCGUUCUGGUGUUUACACCAUCGUCUUGUCACCGGGCUCCACCCUGCCUGUCUACUGCGACAUGGAGACCGAGGGCGGGGGCUGGACGGUUUUUCAGCGGCGGCGCGACGGCUCAGUGAGUUUUAACCGCGGCUGGUCAGAGUACCGAGAUGGCUUCGGCGACCCGAGAGAAGAACACUGGCUGGGCAACCAACAGCUCCACCUGCUGUCCAACCAUGGCCACUACAGCCUUCGCAUCGACCUGCAGGACUGGAGCCACGCCUACAGACACGCCCUGUACCACACCUUCAGGAUAGAGGAUGAGGAGAACCAGUACCGCCUCCACGUGUCUGGUUUCAGUGGAACAGUGGAAGAUUCGUUCGGUUGGUACCACGACCGGCAGGGCUUCAGCACGCCAGACACUGGCAACAUCUGUGCCGAGAUCAGCCACGCCGGCUGGUGGUUCCACCAGUGUUUCUACGCCAACCUCAACGGCGUCUAUUACAAGGGCGGGCGCUACUCACUUAAAGCUCAGAACUUGCUCGGGCCGGACGGCAUCGUCUGGUUCUCCUGGAAGGAAUCAGACUUCUACUCUCUGAAGGCAGUCACCAUGAUGAUACGACCACGCAACUUCAGGCCGCGCUUGUCGCCGUAGAGAUGGAGUGUUUUCUAUUGCCUGCAGCUUCUAAGGACUGCUAGCUGCUUCUAUUGGCUGCCAGAAAUACUCAUUACUACAGUACCAAACAUGCAUGAAUCCGCUGCUGAAAAUAAUCCCCAUCAAAUGCAGUAUUUCCAACUGUUUGAGUAACGUUUGCUAAAAACUACAGUGCCCAUCUGUUUUUAGAAAUACACCUUUUUUUAAAUAAA